UCUGUCCCAGCGUGACUCAAGUUUUUUUCAAUGAUCGAUGUUUUUGGAAGCUUAAAACGGAAAUGAAUUUCCUAGAUGCACAUCAGAAUUGUCAAAAACACGGUGGUAUCCUCACAGAUGUUCCAGAUGAAGACACUGAUAAGAGGAUUUCACAGAUUGAAAAUAGACCAGAAGUUUGGAUUGGUGCUCAUGACCUAAUUUUAGAAGGAUACUUCAUGAAUAUCCGAAAUGAGACUCAAUGUUUUGGACGAGAAGAAUGGAAAACACUUACUGACAAUUCCGACACUUCUGACUGCGUAGCGUUUAGUGGCGAAAGAUCAAAAUUUGUUGUAUUGCCGUGCGACAAACAACUCCCUGUCUUAUGUUCUUCCAGUUUUGAAGCACCUGCCAGCUCAACAAGUAUAACAUCAUUUUUAUCCAAAACUGAACCUGUACCAUCAACUUCAACAACCGACUCCGUGCCAUCAACUACAAAAACAUCGUCAACAACCAGUGUCUCCACAUCGGUGUUACAAUCAAAAAUUGUUUCUGUACCAUCAACUACAACAACAUCAACAAAAACCGUUGAUUCCAAAUCGGUAUCCACAUCAAACCCAACUACAUUGUCAACAACCGGUAGUUCAACAUCGGUAUCAACAUCAACUCAAACUAAAUCAUCAACAACCGGUAUUUCAACAUCGGUAUCCACAUCAACUCCAACGUCAACAACCGGUAGUUCAAAAUCGGUAUCGACGUCAACUCCAACUACAUCGUCAAUAACCGGUAGUUCGAAAUCCAUAUCAACAUCAACUCCAACAACCGGUAGUUCAACAUCGGUAUCGACGUCAACUCCAACGUCAACUACCGGUAGUUCAAAAUCGGUAUCAACAUCAACUCCAACUACAUCGUCAAUAACCGGUAGUUCGAAAUCCAUAUCAACAUCAACUCCAACAACCGGUAGUUCAACAUCGGUAUCGACGUCAACUCCAACGUCAACUACCGGUAGUUCAAAAUCGGUAUCAACAUCAAGGCCAACUACAUCGUCAAUAACCGGUAGCUCCACAUUGGCGUCAACAUCAUCAACUCAUUCUGUACCAUCAACCACAACUUCACCUUUAAAAACCUUCAGCUCCACAUUGGUACCAUCUUCUUUGUCAACAUCUACACCUAAAUCAUCAAGCACAGUUAAAUCGUCCUCAACAGACACCUUCCCAUCGGCACAUGUAUCAUCAUCCCUCUCAACAAGGUCAAUGACUAAUCUUAUAAAAUCAACUACAGCUUCGCCUGUGAACCAAGGUUGUAUGUGUCCAUGCGAGCGGAUGAAAAAUCAGGUUUUCAUUACGGACAAGAAAGUGCUCAAGGCUAAAAUCGAAAAAAUGACAAAGGAGUUGAAAGUCAAUAAAGCAGAGUUGAAUAAAAAGCUUCGCAAACGAGUAUCUGUCUUUGAUAAACGUGCAUCUGCCGUUGCCGUUGGGACGAUAUUUGGACCACUACUCAUCGUAUUUUUCAUCGGAAUCAUCGUCAUCAGCGAUAUACCAAUCAUGAUGCGCCAUCUAAAAUACGGUCUAUGCAGAAAACUUGGAAAGAAGACAAGGAAAAGACGAAUUGGCUCUGAUGAUGUCCGGGGAUGUGUCACGGAUGUCCAAAAGGACAAAGAUGGAAUUCAGGAACAUGAGAUAAUCGAUAAUCCGGCUUAAAAAUUAUAUUUGUAUUUCCAUUCAUUAGCUGAAUCGAUAUAUCUCGAAUAUCAAUAUCGUGGAAAAUCACUGAAAUAGCUAAAAUUGAUUAAAAAGAUGUGCAUGAGAAACAAUGAUGUCCUAGCAAAGCAGCUUGUGGCGAGGGUUGAAAUUUCUCAAUUGCAAGUUAAACUUCAAGGUCUAAAUUGUUGGUACCCAGUGGAAGGUCUUCUCACAUGUAAAACCCCCUAAAUAGUAUCGCCAGUGCGUGUUCAGUCUUCUGUACAGUUUAACAAAAUUUAUACACUUGUGAAACAUAAACUGUUUUUGUAAACAGGGCACAAGCUCUGUUAUUGUAAAUGUUUACGAUUCACCGGGCGUGCUUAAUUGUUAGGUCUGCCCAAAACUGAGCAAGUACUGAUUUUAUACUGUAAGCGCGU